GGUAGAGUGACGUAGGUCGCGGAGCGGCUGGCGGCGGCGUCAGCGCUAGAUAGUGCGUUAUCAGACGUCGAGAGGGGUUAUAGCUCGCACAAACCUUCAGCCACAUCAGUCGUGCUUUGACAGCGUAGCGGCCGGGACACUUACACACAUCUACUGACAAGAUGGCUUUGGUGAAGGAUCGCGUCGGGCUCUCUGAGCUGAAUGACAACAAGAACAACCUUGGCAAGGCGCUGAUAGCCGAGUGCGUCGGCACCUUCGUCCUCAACUUCUUCGGCUGCCUCAGCGUCAUGAACUUGGGCGACCAGAGCACCGCCGCCGACUUGGUCCUCAUCUCCCUUGCUUUCGGUCUUUCGGUUAUGGCCAUGGUUCAGGCUAUCGGACACGUGAGUGGGUGCCACAUCAACCCCGCAGUCACAGUUGGUCUGGUAGCGGGUGGACGUGUGUCUAUCGUACGCGGGAUCCUGUACGUGGUUGCGCAGUGUAUCGGCGCAGUCGCCGGCUCAGCCACUGUCAAGGCACUGACCCCAGAGCCUUACCAAGGAGCGCUUGGUAACACAGCUCUCCAGGCCGACCUCACUGCUACCCAGGGCUUGGGAGUGGAGUUCUUCCUCGGGUUCGUGCUGGUGUUCGUCGUCUACGGCGUCAUCGACCCCAACAAGGCCAACGACAAGGUGCCCGCCGCCCUGGUCAUCGGGCUCACCGUCACCCUUGGCCAUCUUGCCUGCAUCGACUUCACCGGCUCCAGCAUGAACCCUGCUCGCAGUUUCGGAUCAGCUGUUGUGUCCUCCGGCUGGGAAAACCACUGGAUUUACUGGGCCGGUCCUGGACUUGGCGGAGUGGCUGCUGGACUCCUCUACACCCACAUCUUUCAAGCCCCCCACGCCGAGUACAGCGCCGUCCACGCGGAGGAGAAAGAGGGUUCGAAAUCCAUUAAGGGCUCUAUCAUUGACCUCGUCAAGACGCAGCUGAAACGACUGGACGGCAAGAGUGAGGAUGGGCUUGCCUGAUCUGUGUUCACAGUGGACACGGCCUCCAGGCUCCAGAACCUCCGCCUUCUCCAUCCCAAGAUUACUCCCAUCGACAACCGGUAGAGAACCACCACGGCCUCUUCCGUGGUCUGGAGUCUCCAGCGUCGGCCUACUUCCAAACUUCAUCUUCGUCUAAAGUGUCUAAAGUGUUACCUCUAAAAACAGUGGUCAGCCGUCGUGAAGAAUUCAAAAUUUAAACAACUGUUCGGUAUUUAAUAAUAAAAAUCAAAACAGUGAGCGUUUACACUAGAAAAAAAAUAUACACCAAGAGACUAUGAGAUACUUGGACAUAACACUGCCAACAAUGAAGUCUGUAAAUAGGUAACUCAGUGUUGUUGUACAGUGUUUUGUUAUAAUCAAGUGACCUUGACAGGUAUUGUAGGACAAUUACGGUAAGGAGAUUUCCAAAACAGAUGGUUUUAUAAAUCAAAUCAAUCGUGUUCCCAUCUUUCUUACAAUUACUUUAGUAUUUCCAUUUUCAUGACCAUUUCAUGUAGAUUAAUGAAAGCUUGGUAGAAGCCCAGGUUCAUGUAGCUUUGCAUUGUUACUCUUUACAUUUUAUCACAAACUGUACAAAUUAUAUGCCUUACUUGUUCGAAUAAGUCAAUUAAAAGUCAAUGUAAGAUAAGCGUUAGAGCAUCAACUGUCAUUUCAUUGUAAUAUUCUCCAUCCUCAUCGAUCACUUCAUCAUAACAAACACUAGGGUAGUAAUCUUUGUACAAAACUGUUUAAACUAAUAAAUUAUAUUUUACUUA